CCCAGCGCCGCAGUCUUCGCGGCGCCGGCGACAGCAGCAGCAGGUGGAGCCCAGCUCAGCCGCGAGCAGCACUUAGCCGGAAACCCGCGCCGCAGCCGCCGGGCCCGGAGCUGGCCCGCUAGGCUGGAGCCCACGCCGCCCCGGUCCGACCCAGUUUCCCAGGCACCGGGUUACGGAAGCCGGCGGCCGGGGGACGCGGUUGGGGCCGGGGCCGGAUGCAUCUCGGUGCGUGCAGCUGCGUUGGAAGACCCCAGCCCAUAGUGCAGGGAUAACGGGACCUGGUUCGCCUCCGCCGCCACCUAAAGACUUGUACAGGGACGCAGAGUGGCUGUGGGAUUGGGGACCUUGGAGCCCCGGUACCUGGCCGGACGCUCCUGGAGCCUGUGUGGCGCGCUCGCCUCACCUCACCUCUUCAGCUCUGGAGGGGAAAGAGAGGACUCUUUCCAUCGGACGGGACCUCCUCGCCUGGUCCUCUGUGGAGUCCUCGCACCGAUGCCUGUUGGUCUCAAGAGCAUCUCUAGUUGACACAGGUCUGCAGGUGUUCUGUACUGCUUAGAUUUCUUCUUCAGCUAGGGGAACAGUUGCCGCCAGCGACAUUCUGUGCCUGUGGGCUCUCCACGUCCCGGGUCUCCUGUCCUGCCCGAAUCUUGCCGGCUUCACUGACCCUCAACUCUUCUCUGCUUGUGCGUUCUCCUAACCGUUGGCUUUGUCGGAGCGUGUAGAAGAGACGUCUUUCUGGCCCUCAUUUGGGAGGGUACUGAUCUCCAGGGAGCAGCUUUGUGUGUGGUGGGAUCGGGGUCUCAACCAUGGCCUUCACUUUCGCUGCUUUCUGCUACAUGCUGUCCCUGGUGCUCUGCGCUGCACUCAUCUUCUUUGCUAUCUGGCACAUCAUCGCCUUUGACGAGUUAAGGACGGAUUUCAAGAGUCCCAUAGACCAGUGCAACCCUGUCCAUGCGAGGGAGCGGCUGAGGAACAUCGAACGCAUCUGCUUCCUUCUGCGAAAGCUGGUGCUGCCAGAGUACUCUAUCCACAGCCUCUUCUGCAUCAUGUUCCUGUGUGCUCAGGAGUGGCUCACCCUGGGGCUGAACGUGCCACUGCUCUUCUACCACUUCUGGAGGUACUUCCACUGCCCAGCAGACAGCUCAGAACUAGCCUACGACCCACCAGUUGUUAUGAACGCGGACACCUUGAGCUACUGUCAGAAGGAGGCCUGGUGUAAGCUAGCCUUCUACCUCCUGUCCUUCUUCUACUACCUGUACUGCAUGAUCUACACCUUAGUGAGCUCCUAACUGAGACUCUGCUGAUGGAGAGGCCGAGGCUGGGGACCGCUGUGGCUGUGGCUGGAGAAGGACCAGACGGGGAUGAUGGAGACACCCAGCUUGGCAGAGGCUGAGUGGAAGGAACUGGAGUCACACAGCAGCAGGGCCGUGCCACCCAUGUGCAGCUGCCGUUGCUGUGUAUGUGGCCCUCCACGUCCCACAUGGAUGCAGAGCCCUUCUUAGUGUCGGGGGCACCGGCUUACAGCUGCUGAAAUGCUCAGCCUUUGAAGAUGCAGUUGUCCCUCCCCUCAUCCCCUUCGCUGAGCUGCAGUACCUUGCAAGUCUACAUAGAGUGCCUGCCUUGACGGCGGGAGUGAGGCCGGAAGCUGGAAGGUACCAACCAAGGGACAGAGUGACUUGGGAUCAAGGCUGGGUCUUCAGAGAUGAUUGAGAGCCUCACGGAUACCACGGGCUGCCCAAGACUCUUGUUAGCUUUUUUCCAGACCUAUGGCCUCAUGCUUUGCUCAGUGCAAGGCCGAAGCUGCGGGGUCUGCCCUGAGCCUGCUGUCAUGUCAUUUUUAGGCUCGGUUUAUGUUCAAGAGCCUGAGCAGCAACUUCCUGAGCUGGGUGUGGGCCAGCACGUUGACAGCAAGUUAUGUCCAAGGUGAACUGGGGAGGGGAGUGUGAGAAAAUGGAUUUUUAAAAAAUGUUUAAAACAUGUUCCAGGUGUGAGUUCUUCACCAUCCCAAGAUGUAGUCUGUCACUGCACCAGAAAUCCAUCAGAGUUGUGACGUGCCAAUCAACUGGCUGGCAUGAGCCAAAACCUAAGGAAAAAACUCAAAACCGUUUGAAGCCCAGAAACAGAGAGCUGCUCUGUAUGUGGGUAUGGACAGCCAGGAAGUGAGACAACAUAAUUAUCACUUCACUUGAUGCCACGCAGCCUUUGCGUUGUUCAGUUCAACGUGGGGACAUCCGCUUAUUUGAAUUUUCCACUUGGCUUUUGCUCCAUUUUUGGGUGGGAGUUGUGUGAGGGGGUGUAAAUAGUGACACGGCUGAGGUUUUUGUGAUAUUUAAAUUGGGCACAAUGAUGUUUGACCUGAUUCCCCAAACUUACUUGCUUUUUCUACCAUUACACACAAACUCACACACACGCGCGCACGCGCGCACACACACACACGCACACACGCACACGCGCGCUAUUUAUAUAUGCUCCCAUCUGAAUCUGUGACUCAGGUUUUGAAUGGUGUUUGUGUAACACAUUAUGUGCUAUGUUUAAAAUGCAGCAACAACGUCAGUGGCUCA